CCUGUUCCUGUGGCUUUAUUUUGAAAACUCCGGAUGACCGGAAGCCGUGUUUGUCUUCCGGUGAACGAGGUCAUAGGAAACAAGCUGUAAAGUUUAUGUUUAUUAAUCUAGAGAAGGAUGAGCAGCUCAGAGGAGGUGUCCUGGAUCUCCUGGUUCUGUGGACUGAGGGGGAAUGAGUUCUUCUGUGAGGUCGACGAGGACUACAUACAGGACAAAUUCAACCUGACAGGUUUGAAUGAGCAGGUGCCUCACUAUCGUCAGGCUCUGGACAUGAUUCUCGAUUUGGAGCCAGAUGAGGAACUCGAAGACAACCCGAACCAGAGCGACCUGAUAGAGCAGGCUGCAGAGAUGCUCUACGGGCUUAUACAUGCACGUUACAUCCUCACAAACCGAGGCAUUGCACAAAUGUUGGAAAAGUAUCAGCAAGGGGAUUUUGGCUAUUGCCCCAGAGUCUAUUGUGAGAAUCAGCCAAUGCUUCCUAUUGGUUUGUCAGACAUCCCAGGAGAGGCGAUGGUGAAGCUUUAUUGCCCAAAGUGUAUGGACGUGUACACCCCGAAAUCCUCCAGACAUCACCACACAGAUGGAGCCUACUUUGGAACAGGAUUCCCCCACAUGCUGUUCAUGGUGCACCCAGAGUAUCGUUCAAAGCGACCAGCCAACCAGUUUGUGCCAAGGCUUUACGGUUUCAAGAUUCACCCAAUGGCUUAUCAACUUCAACUUCAGGCUGCAUCAAGUUUCAAGAGCCCAGUCAAGACAAUUCGCUAGAGCUCCGCUUUCACAAAGAUGGUGGACUCAAGGACUUUGUCGUUUACUACUCGUUUGGAGCAAUAGAUUAUAUACCCUCAAUAAAUGCCCAUACAGUUCUCCAAACUCACAUUUGUCAAUACACAUUUUCAUAGUUUUUUCAACAAGUUUUUCUGUAUUAAACAUGUAAUUAUUCCUAAAGGAUCAAUCUCUUCAUUGAUUUUUCAACUGAUGUCAAUUCAUCUUUUCACAUUUUAGGGUUUGUUUUGAGCAGAAGUGGCUUUAACUGAAGGCUGCACUUUGCGGUUUAUUUGCAGUUGAUUGAAUGUAACAGGAAAUGUCACCACCACCUUCCCCCUGAUAGCUUUCAAGUUAUUAAAAUGCUUAAAAUCAUAUUGACUUGUACUGCAGAGCAAAUAUUGGAAUGUGCAUGAGAUUGUAUUCUAUUAAUUGCAAUGUGUAUGUAUAAGGUGAUAUUUUUAAGAAAGUAUGAAAACCAAAUGGAGUAAGAGCUCAUUUUUAAAUGGACCUAAGUUUGAUUUCACUUUUGUUUUGACAGUUUAGUUUCCUUGAAAUUCACUGGCUGUGUUUGUCCUCGAUUCUUAGGCUUAUUUUGCAUAUUUGUAGUUUCAUCCUGUUUACAUUGCAAUCGAGACACACUUUGAUUGAACAUGGGGCUACAUCCACUAUGAGAAAAGUAAAUGGCAUUAAAUAUUUAUCUCUUA